AUGCAACAUGAUCAGCCGAGUCAUUCCUUAUCAGCAACGUCACAAUGGGAACUAGCUUUUGUAUACGCGUUCGUUUGCGUCUUCACAGAACUUAAGGACAAGAAUAUCUUUCCUUUCCCAGCAAUGCAACCAGAGGAACUGGAAGAAGCCUUGCGUCUCGAGAACAGCCAACUGGUCGAUGAUUUGCUUUGCAGCUUUCUGAACAACGCGCUCAACCGAAAGAAACCUAUUGCUAUCCAACAAUGCGGCAAGGAACUCACAAAGAUGAUCAAUGCAAGCAUAAAAUCGGGUGACUUGUCUUGGAAGACCAAUCCGUUAUACAUCAAAUCCUUUGGCGCGUUAGAGCCAAGUGACAAGUUGACCAUCUUAAGGAUCCUGAUUGAGUGGCAGUUACAAGAAUGUUCCGCAAUAAGGGAGGCGAUUGAGAUGCCUGAAUCGAAAGGUCAAGUGAUCACCACAGAGCCUAUUGGCAUGGAUAGUGAAAAACGAAAUUAUUGGCAUUUUGGUGAUUCACCAUGGCUAUGGAGAGAAAAGGCAAAGUUGAAGACCGGAUGUCGAUGGGAAACAGUAUGCCGCACCCUUGAUGAGCUCGAACAAUUUACUGAAUCACUCUCUGACAAGAAGCCGGAAGUAUCCUUGGCACUUUACAUUACCGAGACUAUUAUACCGCGUGUACAAAAUGCUAUUCGACGUCGUGAGAGACAAGAGCUUGCUAGACAACGGCAGAUCAUGGCUGAAGAUUUGAUCACUGAACGUCGCUUACGUCCUCGGCGAAGUGCAAGACCUACUCGUUAUACUUUUGGGGAUGAUUACGUUGACGACUUUGUGGAGCAAGGAAGCGAAAAGGAUGGCUCUGAUGCAUAUGAAUCAUCGUCACCUGAACCAGAAGAAAAGGAAUCACAAUCACAAUCACAAUCACGAGUCACCCCUAUGCGAUCAAGCGCUCGACUUGGCCUUCGUUCAUCAACCACACCCAUGUAUAUAAAUGGCACCUAA